AUGAAGAACACAUUACCAGUGCUGUACCUCGCCUUCCUGGCCGUUUCAGCGCAGACCUAUGAAGAUGUGAAAGCUAUUUUCGACACGAAGUACGAUUCUGGAGUUUAUUCCACGAAGGUGAGGCCCAUGAAUAACCAAUCUGAGGUGAUGCCAAUCUACGUGGGCUUCACAAUGGUGGCCAUAGAGCGUCUGGAUGACGUGAGUCAGACGUUUACCUGCAACGGUUUUCUCGCACUCAGCUGGAUGGACGAGGUGUGUGCCUAUCGAGCAGCUUGGGACUCCAGCAAGUACGGAGGUGUUGACAUAAUCGAACCGAUGCCAAAACAAGUGUGGAGACCUCGGCUUGUCCUACUGAACACAAUGGGCGACAGGGACCUAUUUGAGGACGAUCCUGCACCUAUGCACGUUCUGGAUUCUGGACUUACCGUUUGGUAUCCAGGUGGCCUCUUCCUGGUAUCCUGUUCCAUGGAUGUGACCAACUUUCCUUUUGACGAACAGAUUUGUGUCCUGAGGAAGCUGUAUAACACUUUUAGCUCCAGUCCACAAGGGCGGGAAAUUUUGAAGCAAAACAUCCCCAGCUCUUUGCACAGUAUGUCUCAGACACGUAGGUCAGCACGUGUUGACAGUGUCAGACCUUCUGGGGCUCACAUCGGGGGACUGAGGAAAGCUGUUCAAACUGAGGAAGUCGGCGUUAUUCGUGAUCUUGCAAACAAAUUGCACACGGAAUAUGAAGUGGAUGCAUCAGAAGACCUUGCGCAAGAGUUGGAACAUUUGAAAGUGAUUCAGUCAGCGAACAUUAUCUUCAACGUACGGAGGCGCUCCAUGCUUCUCCUCAUCAACACGGUCCUACCUACCAUAUUCCUUUCGCUUCUCAACAUAAUGGUUUUCCUUAUACCCGAGGAAUCCGGCGAGAAAGUCAGCUUCGGAAUCACUGUGUUCAUGGCUCUGACUCUAUUCUUGAGCGUCACGAGUUCCAUGCUCCCCAGGGCUUCAAGAAGUGUGUCUAUUCUCCUCAUCUAUGUUCACGUUCUCAGCAUGAACUCCCUUCUCUCCGUUGUCGUCAGCGUUGUUGUCGUUCUUUUACAUUACAUUGAUAAGGAGAAAUCAGCGGGGCAGGAAGAUGAGCCACCGAAGGACGGAAAGGAGACACCGGAUGAGAGAUCAGCGGGGCAGGAAGAUGAGCCACCGAAGGACGGAAAGGACACUCCGGAUUCAGAGGCAGUGGUCAACAAUUUAAUGAUAGGAGCUUUAGACUUCAAAAAGAUUCUGGAUAUGCAGUGUGCCGACAAAAACAUCAAGUACAACUGUCUGGGCCAGAUGCAAGUUCCAGCUAAUCAGGCCAUUGUCCAUGGUUGCGUCAAGAAUACGGUUGAAGCUUUCAAGAAUGAGUCGCUACACAGGCUUGUGAAUGCAGUCACCAAAAGCACUCUCCGUUGUCAGGAGAGAAUUAUGAGAUCAUGUGACGCCCACACCGCCGACAUCUUUCAUCAGAGUAAACGUUCCCGAAUGCCUAAUACUAAUAUCACAAGCAGCUGA